AUGAAGUUAUUCGACACUCUAGGCGUCUUGACGGCGCUGGUGCUGGUGCCCUGCCGGGUGCAAGCAGCCGCCGUCUUUGCGCACUUCAUGGUGGGCAAUGUACCAACAUGGGGAGUCAACGACUGGGAGUCCAACAUGAGAUUGGCACAGGCGUCACACAUUGACGCUUUUGCGCUCAACAUGGCGUCUGGGUGGCCGCAAAACGACGCAUCAGUGGCCCAAGCAUUCCAAGCUGCCGAGGCCGUGGGCUUCCAGCUCUUCUUCUCCUUCGACUACGCUGGCAAUGGGUCCUGGCCCAUGGAUGUCGUGACGAGAAUGCUCAACCAGUAUGGCGGCUCCAGCGCACACUUCAAGUACCAGGGCAAGCCGUUUGCCUCGACGUUUGAAGGGCCGGCCAACGCCGACGACUGGAACACCAUCAAAGCCAACACGGGAUGCUUCUUCGUACCCAACUACUCGUCACUGGGGGCCGGCCCGGCCGUCGCAGCCGGCGGAGGCGUUGCCGAUGGACUCUUCAGCUGGGCAGCGUGGCCGUAUGGGCCGAAUAACAUGACAACGUACGUGGACGCAUCGUACCGGCAGGCGCUGGGCGACAAGCCCUACAUGAUGGGCGUGUCGCCGUGGUUCUUCACCAACCUGCCGGGCUAUGACAAGAACUGGUUGUGGCGUGGUGACGAUCUAUGGUAUCACCGCUGGCAGCAGGUCAUGACGGUGCAGCCCGAGUUCAUCGAAAUCAUCACAUGGAACGACUUUGGCGAGUCGCAUUACAUCGGUCCGCUCGACGACCGACAGUACGGCCCCUUUGACGUGGGCAAGGCGCCCUUCAACUACGUCGAGAACAUGCCUCACGACGGCUUCCGAGCACAUCUCCCCUUCCUCAUCGACAUGUACAAGGGUGGCCAGCCAGCCAUUGGCGAAGAGUCGCUCGUCGUCUACUACCGCAACACCCCCGGUGCGGCAUGCGCGUCAGGGGGCACGACGGGCAACACGGCCAGUCAACUGCAGAUCGAGUUCGAGCCGUCCGCCAUCAUGGAGGACAAUAUCUUCUUCACGGCGCUUCUCGAGUCACCGGCCUAUGUCGAAGUGACCAAUGACAAGAACCAGCUGCUUCUCAUCAUUCAGCCCGAGGAGUGGGAUUAUGUGCCCAUGGGCGGCGUCGGUAUCUACCACCACAGCGUGCCCAUGGGCCUGAUUCAGGUCUGCACGUCAGGCUUCGCCAUCUCGCAGGGAGGCGCCUUCGAUGAGCUCUGCCGCUUCACCUGCUCCCACGGCUACUGCCCCUUGGGUGCCUGUGUCUGCACCAACACGGGCUCGCAGCCCGACAUGCCGCCGGCCACGAGCCAGCCCGGCUUCCCGGCCAACGGCGAUGCCAACUACGGAGGGCUGUGCAGUUUCGCAUGCAAUUUCGGUUUUUGCCCGUCUGAUGCCUGUUCCAGCACGCCGCAGCCGCCCUUUGUCCCCCAGUUCUCCCCCUUUUCAGACCCGGCAGCCACGGCGGGUGUUGCGGCGUUUGACGAUGAAUGGAAUGAUCUCUGCACCUUCACCUGCAGCUUCGGCUUCUGUCCAAUGGCCCGCUGCCGUGUCACGUCGACCGGCUUCCUCAACGUGCCGCCGGCGCCGAACCCCGAUACCCCUGGCGAGGCUCCCGACGGUGAUGAUUUUGGGCUCUGUGCCUUUGCCUGCUCUAGGGGUCACUGUGUAGACCCUUGUGUUCGAAUUUUUGCCAUCUCCUACAACUUUAACCACUGCGACCUCCCGAAGAGGGUAGCCAUCGCAAAGGAGCUGGCCGUUGCUGUCGACAUGGCCGAUAUGGCGGCCGCCCAGCCCGACUUUGGCAACUAUUACAACGCCUUCUUCCCGCAAUCACUCCGGGAUCAGAGUGACUUCCGGCAGCAGACUUCGGACAAGUUCUCCAGAAUGAGCAAAAUGCUCUCGGGCCAGCAGGACGGCUACCCCAUCACGAUAGAUUGUGAUGACACCACUGACUUUUGUAAAAAGGCGUAUGUGGCGCAUAUGAAUGACAAGACCAAGACAAUGAACUUUUGUAAAGCAUUCUUCAACCCCUCGACAGAUCUAAAUGCCAAUUCAGCCACGUAUACAGCAGAGUUCCUCACGGGACAGUGUGCCAACAUCAAUUUGCGCAAUGCACAGCGCGCUGGUGCUGCCACGUUGAUCCAUGAGAUCACUCACACUUCGACGGCCAUGCUCGGCGGGAAAAGGACGCUCGACUAUGCCUAUGGUUUCAACGGUUGCUCGUGGCUCUCCCAGAACGUGUUCAAGCGUACCUGCAUGCCCUACCACAGACAAGGGGGUACAACCUAUACCAUUAAUCGCGACAGUGGCGGGAAUGAGCUGCCUCAGGACCCGAAUCUUGCGGCACGCAACGCUGAUACAUACUCUCACAUUGCAGCGGGCAUAUACUUUGAGAAGACGUGCAAGAGGGCGCCCCCUUUCCCCAACCUGCCGAACCCGCCGUCGCUCGCACCCGAUGCCUGCCCAUACGUGGACGACGCACUCAUCAUUGACGACAGCGCCGAAGAUGACGAUCCCACCGAGGCGGCCAAGAGCCACGUCGAGGGCAUGGUGCACUUUGGCGACUCGUAUGCGUCGGGCAUGGGUACGGGCACGACGUCAGGCGACUCGUGUCGUGUGGGCUCCAACAACUAUGGCGUCCUGGUGCGCCAGACGUUCCUCAACGCAUUCUCCGAUCCCAUUGAUUACCAGGGCAUGUCGUGCUCGGGAGACACCGUCGACGGCUUCAACUCGCAGAUCGACCGCUGGAGCAACGCCGACAAGGCACGCAUCGGCACCGUCACCAUCGGCGGCAACGACCUCAACUUCAGUGACCUCGUCUACUACUGUGUCAUCACUCCCAACACGGCCCGCCUCGGCAGCACGAACCGAAACAGCUGCGUCGAAGUUGAGAACCAGGCUCGCCAGUAUAUGGAGGAUACGAGCAGCAAUGGGCUGCGCGCAAAGCUGACGGCGGCGUACCUCAAGGCCAUCAACAAGAGCCCGCGAACUGACUUCCAGCUGUACGUGACCAGCUACCCGCCCUUCUUCAACGCCGACACGACGACUUGUGAGGACUCGUCCUUCCAUUAUUGGUGGGGGGCCUACAAGCCCAUCUCAGACUUCCCUACCAACCGCAUUGUCUAUCUGACACAGGACCUGCGAACUGAGCUCAAUGGGCUUGUCGCUCAGCUGAAUGGCCUCAUCCUGGGCGCUGUUCAGGACGCCAACAACCAACAUGGCGGCAAUCGAGUGCACUUUGUCGACGUCGUGCCCUCCUUUGACAACCACCACUGGUGCGAGGGCAGCACGCAGGAGCCCGAUCCGAACAACCCUAACACUUGGUUCUUCCUCAGCGGCUGGCCUGACCUCGGCUUCGACUCGGCGUCGGAGGAAAACGAUGAACUCAAGGCCCGUAUCGCCGCGGGUCCCAUCAUCCUGCCCGACGCCAGCAAUUGCGAAGCUGAGCUCGGCUCCCAGCCCGACCCCUUCGUCAAAGCCAUGUGCCGCAUCAGCCAGGAGAUUCACGACGACCCUCAAGGGCCGCAAGCCUUGCGCUUCGCCCAAGCUAACGCUGAUAUUGCCGCUGGUGAUGUUAGCAGCCAGAGCAUCCCCUGGUACCUGCUCACUCGAACGGUCAAGACAUUUCACCCGCGAAGCCCGGGCAUGGCCGCCUUUGCCGCCGCCGUCGUUGAUGCCAUUGAGACGGAAGGCCAGCUGAACUAG